AUGAGGGGAGAUACUGCAAUCAAUUUUCCGACAUCGUUGAGUGCUGAAGAGAAGCAUUUGAAGGAGAUGUUCGAUAAGUUCAAAACCAUUCGAAAGACCGUAGCAGCCGCAUUACGAGGAAGCGCAAGUGCAAGCAGUGGAGAUGCGUCGAAGAAUGAACGUAACAAUGCCAAACGAAGCAUUCAACAAGCUGAAGAGGUGACUGAAGAAGUGAAACGAAAAGUAAUGUCGGGAGCGAUUAAUUUAAAGAAAGCGGACGAGAAGAGUACUUUCAAACGCACAAAAGUUGUUCCGAAACGAAGAGCAAGUGAAUCGAAUAAAUUGAGACUGGAUACGUCAGAUACGGGCAACAGCAGUGGAAAUGAGCUCUUAUCACCAACUGGAUUAUCGCUCUCGUCGCCACCUCUUUCAGGAUCAUCACCAUUCGAUCAGCGUGAUCAGCUAACACCACAAGUGAACAAGGUGGCAGGUCCAACGUUGUACGUACGAGGUUUCGAUUUAGUCGGCGACUCACUACAAAAGGCUUUCGAGAAGCAUGGAACAAUAACGCGUGUUUUUGUUGAAGAACGGAAAAGAAGUGCUUUCAUAACAUUCUCAACUACAGAAGAAGCUGAAGUUGCAUUGAAGGAUAUGGAUGGUUACAUGCUUAAUGGUAUAACACUACAUGUUUCAUUUGCACGUCGUCAAAAUCAGACGACACGUAUUGCUGGUGGUCCAGGUGCCGUGGAUCACGUAGUAACGGGCAGUCGGGGAGGGCAGGGCAUGGGUCGCGGUGGUGGGCAUAACUUCGGACGUGGUUUCUUUCGGGGUCGACGAUUCACUUGUGAUCAGCAGCCACUAGGCUUGUUCGGUAACGUUGGUCAUCAUCAUUCACGUCGUUCCGAGCAGUUCACUGAAAGUGGCAAUAAACAACCGAUAGAACUUAUCGCACAAGAUGGUAAUUUGGAUGGCGACAAUGCGAAGAGUGCGAAGAAAUCAUUCGAUUCUUCUACUCGAUCGCCUUCUAAAGAUGACGGUGGAAAUCGCUCGUCGAGAUCGCCAAGCCAGGACCAAGAACCUGCAGAUGCAACGACGAAGCCGAAGCAUAGAAGCAGACCAUAUCAGUCUACAGAUUCAGCUUUGAGUACAGGUAGCCACCAAAAUACUCCAAAUGAUGGGCCAUUGGGCGCCGGUCCAGCUCAUAGACAAACAGCAGUGUCUACUGGCGGCCAUAGCGGGAAACCGAUGGCGAGAGGUGGUCGAGGCUCGCGAAGAUUCGGUGCUGGCGCCCUUCGUGGAGGACGCGGCCGAGGAGCCACGGUCGGAGGAGCUGGCUCUGGAGCACCUCUACCAAAUUUGGCGCCGUGGCAGAAACGUCCGUCACAACAGUCACGAUCGCCGAGCGUUGAUCGGCGCUCUUCCAGAUCGCGAAGUGGCGGCUCACGCCGAUCAUCGAGAUCACCAAGUAGCGCGGAAGAAGGCGAAACGAAGGACGAUGAAGAUGAUACGAAGCCACCUCGGCCGAAACGACGCGCCAAAUCGCUUAACGAAGCGACGACAGCGGGAGGGAAGUUCACUCAGAAAAAUGCGAAUCCAAGCCAAAAAUCUCCACAACACGGUUCUGCCAAAGCAGUGAAAACGAAUGCGUCAAGAUGUUCACCAGGUUCAGAUCGUUCAUCCAGAUCUGCAAGCGAAGGCGAAUCACAACUUCCAGAAUCCGAUCAACAGCAGAAAUCUAAGCAACAAAAUCCGCAAAAGUUAUCGGUUGAUACUGAUGGAUUCGGAGGUUGCCAAGAGAGAUUCCAAAGUCAGAAUUCAACUAAUAUGCGUCGUUUUGGUGGUCGGGGAGUACGAGCUGGUGCGUCGAUGAUGAAAGGAGACCGUGGACGAGGUGCGGCGGGACCAAGUGUUGCUGCGAGAGGAAGAAGACAUUUUGGAAUUCAUGAUGCGAAUCAGUCUGGUAACCCAACACCGUAUGGCUCCACUAAAACGGGAAGUGAUCAAUUGGAACAAAUUUCUCCAGAUUCAGUCGGGUCGUUUCGUCGUGGGUUAUCAACGGAUCAGACACCCAAAAGCCACGAUUCUCGCGGUCAUCCAACGAAAGGAAUUGACGAAAUUGGAUCACCUCCUGGCUAUACAAAAACACCGUCAGCUUUGCUCGCUUGGAGUCAAGCGGGUAUGUUUUUCUGUCCUAUUUCGAUUUCAGCUUAG